GCCUAGUGGAAAGUGAGUUCUCCAUUUCAAUAAUGUCUAAAUUUUCGGUAGCAAAUGUGUAUUUUGUUGUGUUUUUUACUACUGAAGUUUUCGCAACCUAUGUCAGACAACGACCGGGCCCCGAUGACUGCGAACCAGUCGUGAUAGCUCACCGUGGUGCAAGCGGCUACGUUACUGAACACACCCUAGGCUCUUAUGCGCUCGCUGUUACACAAGGCGCGGAUUAUGUGGAACCCGACCUCGUUAUGACCAAAGACGCCCAUUUAAUUGCAAGACACGAAAACCAGUUAGAAAAAACUACAGACAUUGCUCAUCGACCAGAAUUUGCAGAUCGGUACCGCUCCACAUCCGUUUUAGGAUUUAACAUAUCAUUAGGAUGGUUUACUGAAGAUUUUACUCUUGCAGAAAUCAAAACAUUAAGAACCAUUGAACCAAUACCUCGAAUCCGUCCGGGAAAUACUCGAAUGGAUGGUUCAAUGGAAGUUCCGACAUUUCAGGAAAUCAUAGAUCUUGUAAAAGGAUUAGAGAUCAGUCAGAAUCGGACUAUUGGCAUAUAUCCAGAACUGAAGAAUGGUGCCUAUUUUCGAUCUAUAGAAUUACCAAUGGAACAAGCAGUGGUAGACAUUUUUCAUAGAAACGGAUACAUCGGAUCUCAAGCGCCGGUGUACAUACAAUCAUUCGAAGCCAACAGUCUGAGGAUAUUAAAGAAUAUAACAGAUUUGCGUUUGCUGCAAUUGAUUGGACGAGUUUCACAGGACAAUGCUCGCAUGAUAACACGAGAAGGACUCAAAGAAAUUGCAACAUACGCCCAUGCGGUUGGACCUCAUAAAAACCACAUAAUUCCACGUGAUUUCAGGAACAGGCUUGGCAGGCCUACAUCUCUUGUUAUUGAUGCACAUGAAGCGGGGCUUAAGGUUCAUCCCUACACUUUUCGAGCUGAAAAUGCUUAUUUACCAGAGGAGUUUAGAAGCGAAGAUCCUGCUGAUAGUGCUCUGGGUAACUUGGAUGGAGAAUUGGAAGCAUAUCUAGCGACUGGAAUUGAUGGUUUAUUUAUUGAUCAACCAGACUAUCUUGUAAGAUUAAAGAGUCGUAUUUGUAACUGGUAAAAUUCACUUAAUAUAAUUUUCGGAUAGUUAAUAAACCAAACAAUAUGUAUUGGUAUUAUAUAAAUUGGCGAAUUAGUUAGUUAUGAUUAGCGGCCUGUACUCAGAGACAAUAUAGAUUUUUCUUUGGUUUUUGAGUAGAUUCGUUAAACAUAAAUCAUCUAUGAUAUAUAAGUAUAGAUAUUUUAACUGUUAAGCUUUAUUAUAGAUAACAAUUAGCAGACUUAAGAAUUGUUUAAAGUGCAAUAAAUAACUGAUAUGCGACAGGUCAGGACCGUAUUUAGAUGUCUGUAAUUCUCGGGGCAACAGAGAAGUUGGGAACUAUUUUCCAAAUAAAAUAAACAAUUCGGUCGAGUAAGUUUUUAUUGUGUAACCAAAUAGAUUCUUUAAAAGAAAUUUUAAUCAGGUACUCGUGUUUAAUCAGAAUUUUAAAAAAUGUUUGCCAUGUAGGCUUGUAUAUAUGUAUAUGUUGUAGCCAACUAGCUCAAUUAGGCGUUCAAUCAACAGCCUAAACAGCGCCGUUUAAUUAGUGGCCUAAAUGAUAUUCUGACUAUCGAAUAUGAUGAUGAUGAUCGUAUGAUCAAAUGGAUUCGAUAGUCAGAAUAGCUGUAUAGCUAGGCAAAUUACUGCGACAUAUACACAUAGACAUAUAAUAUAUACACACAUACAGGUCCUGUUACAGAUAUUAAUCUAGAAUCGAACAAUGUAUGUAUAAAUUACGUUUCAUAAAACUUAUCUCAGUUCUAAUACUUUCAAGGUAAUAUUGAAAUGGAAAAAUGUCUCCAUUUUAAUAUUAAAUUACAAUUUCUUAAUCUUAAUCGUAAAGCACAAGUAAUUAAAUAAUUUUUUUCAUUCUAAAUUGUAGAAUAUUAUGAGUAUUUAAGUAUAUUUAAAAAAUAUAUAUACAUCAGUUCUCAACAAGAAAAUUGUAUAAAAAUUACUAGGACUAAACAUCUACAUUAUUCAUGAAUAAAAAAUUUAAUAUGUUAA